AUGGUCUUAAAUGCCACAAUGCAAGCCCUCAUUUACAACGGCACUCCCUACAAGGUAACAAUCGCCAGCGUUCCCCGUCCAACGAUUCAAAACCGCACUGACGCUGUCGUCCGCAUUACAACGUCCGCCAUCUGCGCAAUUGGGUAUGUGUCUGAGGUUGGAGACGCAGUGUCGUCGUUAUCGGUGGGUGACUAUGUGGUGAUCCCGGAUAAUGCUGCCGCGGGACAUUUGGAGAUGGUGCCCGAGGCGUUGGAUUCGUUUGGGGGUGGGACUGGGCUUGGGGGAUUGCAGGCUGAAUACGCCCUCGUCCCCUUCGCCGACAACUCCCUCAUCCCUGUCCCGCUGACCCACAAAACGACAAACUCCUCCAUCGAACGUGACUACCUAACCACCGGCGACAUCUUCGCCACUGGCUGGAGCGCCAUCGACUAUUCCGGCUUCCAACUAGGAGACACUGUCGCUGUCUUCGGUGCCGGUCCCGUUGGUCUCCUCGCUGCAUACACCGCCCUCCUCCACGACGCAUCCAACGUCUACGCCGUGGACCGUGAGCCUAUGCAUCUAGAGCGCGCUGCCUCCAUUGGCGCUAUCCCAGUUAACUUCAAUGAGUCCGAUCCUGUGCGACAAAUCAUGAACCACGAACCAAACGGCGUCACCCGCGCCGUGGACUGCGUUGGCAUGGAAGCCGUCAAUGCCCGCGGUGAUUCUGACGAAGGUAUUAUCCUCCGCAAUAUGAUUGACGCAGUUGCUCAGAAUGGCGGCAUCGGUCAAGUCGGUGUAUACAUGCAACAGGAGACUCCCCCUGCUGCGCCGCUGGGAGAUAGCAUUCCGCAGAAUGUGUCAUUUCCGAUCUCGGAUUUCUUCCUUAAGCAUCUGAAAUAUGAAGCAGGGCUUGUUGAGUUGGUUUCGGCAGGUCGGGCGAGGCCGAGUUUUAUUUCGACGGCGGAGACUCGGAUUGAGGCGCCUAGAUAUUAUGAGCAGUUUGACAGGAAGGAGGAGAUUAAGGUGUAUAUUCACUUUCCUUGA